UUUUAUUCGAAAAGCACGCAAAAGUAUGCAGCAGCUAACUCUCUUUAUUUCUAUUCUUUCCCUAUUCAUUCCAAUCUUUGUGUCAGCGGGAGAUGGAGCUUUUCAUGUGCGUGGAAAACUUCUCUGCAAUGGAAAACCGUAUGAAAAUGCAGAAAUCGAGUUAUACGAGAAGAAUAUUAUUGGAAAAGACACCCAUCUCGUGACAACCAAUACAACCAGUUUAGGAUUUUUCUCGAUGAAGGCAGCUGUUAGUGAGUGGAUUGGGUUCUCUCCAAAUCCCUACAUUCAUUUUGCCAACUUCUGUGAUCCUUCUAACACUAUUCGCAGCAUGCAGUGCGCCAAAACGAUUAAGAUUUUCAUUCCUCAAGAGUUUGUUAGUGACGGUCAUAUUCCGAAAAUGAUUUUCAACAUUGGUGACGUUGAGCUUACCAAAAUCGAAACGGAAAAGUAUGGCCUUGAGAAGUUUGUCUACUCGAUUUUCAGUCAAAAACAAUGCCGAGAUAUUUGAUAUCUGAUACUUGAUAAAAAGAUAUAAUAAUUUAAAAUGCAAUAAUUGCGAAUAAAUACUUGUAAAAUUCUU